AUAUGCUUCUGUUCAACUUUCGCGCAGUCUCCACUGGUCUCCAUCAAAACUGUGCUUUCUUUCUUCUUGCUUUCAUUCUUUCACGAACUAUCACGAACAUCAGCUAAAUAAGUCUUGCACAAUGGCUUUUGAUACCCACAUGCGAAGGGGACACACUAGUAAGUUUUUGGUGUCUCUUGCAAUAUCAGCUUGGCUCACGUCACGUUUUAAUGCCUACAACAACUACUUCAGUCUCACAGAACGAGACAGCACACGUUUUCUACUGUUCACUUCAAUAUGGACGAUCGUAUUUUCUGGUGCCUACAUGCUUUUCUUCUUUUCUCUUCCAGACCAUGUUUUGAGUAGUGUGGCUUCUCAUAUCUUCUUCCUGUUUCUAACAUGGGUCUUCUGGACCGCGGGCGCUGCAAGUAUAACAUCAGCUCUCGGUGGAGGGCUGAACUGCAAAGCAUGUUCGUGUACUGCGGGCAAGCUUAACGCGCUAGAAGGUUUUGCUUGGGUUAUUUGGAUUCUUGUAACUUUCGCAAUCCUUGUUGUGCUCAUACGUGGCAUUAUCGCGGCACGUCGAGGUGAUGGAAUGCGUGGGCCACUGAUUGCAUGAGCAUGCAGGCUGUCCCCACUCAGUCCCUAGGCCGCCGCGCGCACAAGUUUAACAUCAUUAGCUUCUUCCAAAUUCUCAUCACCCAUUCCUCUGAUGAAGUUCCAAUACCACCUAGUCAGUGUCUUUGCACAGGCGCUCCUCCCGCGCAAUGUUAAGUCAGUUUGAGUAACAUAAGUGGCAUACUCGGCUUUCAGUUCCAUGAUGUUGUGUUGAAGAUGAUUGUGUAUUAUUGGCGAUCAUUGAUCAAUCACCUCGUGCUAGAUCCUAUAGAUAGACUACGAUCUGUAUGCCUAGAACCAUUAGCAAUCGUCAAUAAAAUUUUACGCUCGGUA